CUAUCCUCGUGCACAGCUUUAAAGCGCAUCAUUCUCAUUUACCCACGAAGGGAAGAUGCGAGGAAGAUGCGAUAGUGCUGUCUUGGGAAAUGAUUUUUCAAUCCUGAUUCAUUAGCUCUUCUUUUUCACUCAUCAAUCAACAUAUUUUUUUUCACAAUAUUGAUAAGAAGACAGGUUGUUCCUCUUUUCAUCGUUCUUUACAGGUAUUGCAUGGAUUUAUACCAGGGAUCGUGAUUCCUUUCAACUAUACGUUUCCUCUUCAGAAAACCAGAGUGGUAUUCUGACAAAUUUCAAGAAUUUGAGGAAUUUCUUACUAGUAUUCUCACAGUUUCAAUCACCUUUACGGAUUUCUCUUGCAAAAUACGUGAAAGAGCGUACAUUGCAUGUAAUCGACCAAGUUCCUUUUCUUGAUACGUAUGAUGCAAGUUUUUAAUUAAAACUCGACUCCUGCGAUAUCUCGAUGUAUCUCGCCUUCACCCACGAACUUCUUCUUUGAACCAGAAUUCAUUUGUGAAAAGGAGGAAUACAUUUUUCAUGCCAUUCAUCUCUCCUUCUAAGUUUCUUCCUCGUUCGUCUGCCAUGAUGUGACUGCGUGCUGUAAGAGGGAUUCCCGGGGCGAUUAAAUCUUCAUAGCGCAGCUUUGCAGGGGUCGUGAUUAAAAAUUAAGCCAGCGGCGUUGAUGAUAUUACAUAAACACUAGCAGAAAAGGGAGAUAAAAAGCUUAUUUUUAGUUUGCUCCCUGACGAGGAGGCGCCAUACCAUCAUCGACUUCUUGAGUGUGGAUAGUUUCCUCAAUGCGUAAUCUGCGAUAAUCGUACGUGAACUCAAUUUUCGGAAAUUAUCCUGUCUUUGAUCAAGGAAUCAUAAAACCAUUCAAGGAAAGUGACUCUUUGAUAAUCAGGUUUCAGAAGACGACAAUCAUGAGUGGAUUAUCGGCAUCAUCGAAUCUGACAUCGGUCACGGGGUUCGUCAUGACCAGACCACAGCCUCGUCCCGUCCACUUCGAGUUUGACUUCACCAAAACAUCCACAUUUUACCUCGACAUCUGGACCCUCCUCGCCACCCUCGGCCUCCUCGUCAUCGUCGCAUUGGUCAACGCCGUCGUUUUUCUGACAUGGAGACGGCAAUAUCGUAACAACAUGGCGGGGAACACGCACGAUGUCCACGGUAACAACUUUUACGUCCCGAACUCGCCGGCGUCCAUAAACGUCAUCGACGUCGGAAAGUCCUUCAGUGAUGAAGACUGUGGGAUGAACUCGGUGAUCAUCUCGCCCUCUAAUAGUUCGAUGACAGCCGGCGCUGGCGGUAUGGGAGCGACAGUUUUGUUACCCGUUAGCUGCUCUGAGUGGCCUCCGAGAGCUUCAACGUUCAACUACCAUACCGAUAAAAGAAUCGUACUUCAAGUUGUAAACGAAUGAAUUCAAAACGAUCGUCAAAUGCAAUUACGACUGCACGAUCAUCUUUUUAUCCGGAUUCCAUUGCUCGAAGCCAAUGAGCAGGAUAAAAUGUGUUCUUGAAUUAUGUAUAUUAAAGCACUUUCAUCAUCAUCAACAUCAUCGUCCUCACCAUCAUCAUGAUCAUGAUCAACAUCACCACCACCCGCCA